GACACUCAGACGGUGGUGGCUCUCCCCUUCCUCCUCUUCUUCCUCCUCCCCUCUCCUCCCUAAUCUCCGCCCCCCCUGACCCCGCCCCCUUGACCACGCCCCUUGCCUCCCCCCCUUGGCCCCUCCCCCUGUUUUCCCCUUGCCCCCCCAUUGGCCCCGCCCCCUGCCACCAUGCCGUGGCCAGGCUGCUGCUGGAGAGCCUGAGGAAGCAGACUCUGGAAGGGGCCCCUGCUGCCCCGGGGGCCGUCUGUCAGUCCCUGCUGGACCCCAACGCCCUCCAGUGCCGGUCCCCAGAUGGCUUGAUGCCUGAGAGCAGCUACUGGCAGCUCUGCCCUCCCUCCAAGUCCGGCCUGCAGGGGGGGUUCCUGAGCUCGAGCUUCCCCCCCGGCCCCGGGCCCCCGGAUGCUCACCUGCAGGAGGGGGGCGCCCCCGCUCAGCCUCAGCAGCACCGGCCCCUGGCGCCCAGCACCUCGGCGUCCGAGCUGUCGCUCCCCGGGGGCCCGGCGGCCCCCCCCGGCCCCGGGCCCCCCCCGCCCCCGCCCCCCAAACGGCACUGCCGCUCGCUGUCGGUGCCCGAGGACCUGUCGCGCUGCCGCUACACCUGGAGGCCCAGCGCCUCGCGGGUCUGGACUCCCGUCAGCCGCCAGCAGUGCCACGGCGGCGCCGGGGGGGGGGGCGUAGGGGCGGGCGUGGCGGGGGGAGGAGUCUGUCCUCUCCGCGCCCCCAGCUCCUCCCUCAACUCCUCGCUGCACUCCUCCUCCAGCCCCACCUUCUUCAGCCUGGCGCUGUCUCCGGACUCCCCGCUGCCCUGGAGCUUUCCCUGGGACCCCAGCGAGGCGGCGGCGGGGGGAGGAGCCUGCUGCUGCUUCUUCCCCUCCCCCUCCUCCUGCUCCUCCUCGCCCUCUCCCCUCCACCCGCCUCCUCCUCCUCAGAGGCGCUUCUCCCUCUCCCCCGUGCUCAUCAGAGACUCGGCGGCCUCCACCUUCCUGCCUCCGCAUCCCGUGGCGAGGCAGACGCCGGCGCGUCCUCCCAGCUGCUCGGCCGUGAUGGCGGCGGCGGGGGGGGCGGGGCCCGCCUCGCCCUCCUCCGCCUGCAGCACGCCGUCCUCCCUCCGGCGCAGCCUGCCGCCGCAGCUGCCGCGCUGCCACUCGCAGCCCUGCGACCUGCUGCUGCUCAAGCCGGGGCUCAAGAGGAGGCGGGCCCCCGACCGGCCCUGCGCCCGGCCCGUCCUGGACUUCACCAAGAUGACCCAGACCCGCAGCAUCGACCCCCAGCUUCUGGAGCGAGGAGGCCGUCUCUCCUGCGGCGGAGACGUCUUCAUGGGUUCGGACUCCUUCAUGAGCGACUUCCGCGGCUCCUGCUCGCCGGCCGAGUGUUUGGGCCGGACCAGCAUCGGGCCGCUGGCGGGAAGCGGCGAGUGCAGGAGGGCGGAGGAGGACGAUGGAGAGGGCGAGGAGGAGGAGGAGGAGGAGGCGGGGGAGCGCGAGGCGGCGCAGCAGGCGGUGUUCGAGAGGGAUUGUACAGAACUGGACUUGAACUUGAUAGAAGAGAACUGAAGCCCCGCCCCCUCUGCUUCUCACACCGCGCCUCCUUGCCACCCAUCAGCAAGGCUCUCAGGAACACCUUCUCUCAUUGGCUGAGCUGAACGCUGCCGACAGCCAUGAUGAGAGGAAGCGGCUUGGGUCUCACCUGGUACCUGGAGCCCAAAGGUACCAAGUGAGACCAGCAGGCGGCUGUCUGGUCCACGCCGCCCACCACCACACCACCGUCCUGCACACACACACACACACACACACCGUGUCCCCGUCUCGCCUCAUAAGUGAGCGGCCCUGUUCACACUGGCUCCUGAUUGGCCGGUGUCUCCCAUCGUGUGACUCGACACACGCACACAUACACACACACAUACACACACACACACACACACACAUACAUACACACAC